GAGCCGCUCAGGAGGAGCCGGAGAGCGCGCCUUGGCUGGGCUCGGAGCAGCCGCCGCCGCCGCCGCCUCCUUCCCCUUCCUCCUUCCUUCCCUCGCCUGCAUCCCGGCUCUCCUCCUCCUCCUCCUCCUCCUCCUCCGCCGCCUGCUGCUUCUUUCCGCGCCGCCAAGCGCCCGCCAGCCUGUCUCUCGCGCUCCCGCCGCGGCCCCAGCAGCCCUCCCGGGCGAGCGCCUGCAGGCUGGACGAUGCGCGGGCUCCGGGGCAGCCUCCGAGCCGCGGCUCCGCUGCUCCGCUGGCCCCGGCCGGGCUUGACCGCCUGGCUGCUGCCGCUGCUGCCGCUGCUCCACAACCUGGGACCCCCCACGACUCGCGCCUCCUCGCUGCUGACAGGUUCAGUUGCAAAAUGUGAAAACGAGGGGGAAAUUCUGCAGAUCCCAUUUAUCACCGACAAUCCUUGUAUAAUGUGUCUUUGCCUGAACAAGGAAGUGACCUGCAAACGAGAGAAGUGUCCGCUGCUAUCCAAGGAGUGUGCCCUGGUCGUUAAGCAGAGAGGAACGUGCUGUGAGCGAUGUAAAGGUUGCAGUUUGGAAGGAACUUCAUACAACAGCUCAGUAACAUGGCAGGUCCCAGAAAAACCCUGUACCAUGAGGCAGUGCCAGGAAGGAGUGAUCACGGAAUCUGAGAUCCAGUGUGUUGUUUAUUGUAAAAACCCCUUGAAGCAGCUGGGGAUGUGUUGUCCCACCUGUCUAGGUUGUACAUUUGAAGGUAGACAUUACUAUGAAGGUGAGGAAUUUCAGCCCGAAGGGAACAAAUGCGUCAAGUGUGCUUGUCUUGGUGGAAGGACGCAGUGCCUACAAGAAGUGUGUCCUGUUCUUUCGUGUCCCCAGCACCUCAGUCACAUUCCGUCAGGACAGUGUUGCCCAAAAUGUUUAGGACAGAGGAAAGUGUUCGAUCUCCCAUUUGGAAGUUGUCUCUUUCACAGUGAUGUCUAUGACAAUGGGGCGUCGUUUGCAUAUGACAAUUGCACCAAGUGCACGUGCACGGAUUCCACUGUGGUGUGUAAGAAGAAAUGCUCACCCCCCGGAGAGUGCCUUAAAGCCAGAGAUCAGUGCUGCAAGGAGUGUGUUGUGUUCGCCUCCCCCGAGGAAAGAAACGUGUGCAAGUUUGGUAACAAGAUCUUCCGGGAUGGAGAGAUGUGGUCCUCAGUUAACUGCACCAUCUGUGCUUGUAACAAAGGCAAUACAGAGUGUCGCAAGAAGCAGUGCAUUCCAGUCAGUAGCUGUCCUCAUGGAAAGAUCCUGAACCGAAAAGGAUGCUGUCCCAUUUGCACUGAAAAGCCUGGAGUUUGCACUGUAUUUGGAGACCCCCACUACAACACUUUUGACGGACGGACAUUUAACUUUCAGGGAACAUGUCAGUACGUUUUGACGAAAGACUGCUCCUCCUCUACCUCGCCCUUCCAGGUGCUGGUGAAGAACGAUGCCCGGCGGACUCGCUCUUUCUCCUGGACAAAAUCUGUAGACCUCGUGCUGGGCAGCAGCACCGUCAGUCUCCAUCAGCACCUCACAGUGAAGUGGAAUGGGACACGAAUAUCCCUGCCUUACGAAACGCCGCACUUUCACAUCGACUUGGAAGGGUAUCUUUUGAAAGUGACGACCAAAGCAGGGCUGGAAAUUUCUUGGGAUGGAGACAGUUUUGUUGAAGUCAUGGCUGCACCACAACUGAAGGGCAGACUAUGCGGUCUGUGUGGCAACUACAAUGGGCACAAGAGAGAUGACUUGAUUGGGGGAGAUGGGAAUUUCAAGUUUGACGUGGAUGACUUUGCCGAGUCCUGGCGCGUGGAGUCCAAUGAAUUCUGCACUCACCCCCCAAGGAAACAUUUUCCUGAACUAUGCCAGGGAACAGUGAGGGUGAAACUCCGUGCCCACCGGGAAUGCCAGAAACUGAAAACAUGGGAUUUCCAGACCUGCCAUUCAACAGUCGACUAUGCUACAUUUUAUCGGUCCUGUGUGACGGACAUGUGCGAGUGCCCGGUUCAUAAAAACUGCUACUGUGAAUCAUUCCUUGCCUACACCAGAGCUUGCCAGAGAGAAGGUAUCAAAGUCCAUUGGAAACCCGAGCAAAAUUGUGCAGCCACCCAGUGUAAAAGCGGUGCCGUUUAUGAUACCUGUGGACCUGGAUGCGUGAAGACCUGUGACAACUGGAACGAGAUCGGCCCUUGCCACAAGCCAUGUAUUGCUGGGUGCCACUGCCCGGCAAAUUUAGUCCAGCACAAAGGCAGAUGCAUCAAACCUAUUCUCUGCCCACAGCGGUGACGUUCGCUUUCAUAUCCAGAGACUUUAAAACUGGUAUCUAGGGUCACCUUUGAAGCUCACAGCCAAUGAAGGACUACGACAUUUGUUGGCAGAUUUUGCUCAUCACGAGGGAAGUUAAUGUGUGUGCCUGUAUAUUUAGGUGUGUAUAUGGAGGAUACCAUGGGAUGAAAGAAACAGCAACAGCAUCUACCUAUGCAACAGGACUAUACUGCUCCCCCAUGUGCAAUCAUACAAAGCCCUGAAUUGUCUCAGCAACUAUAGUGUUAACUUGACCCUAUAAUGUGGCUCUACCCUUAUCAGGUUACGUACAUCCAAGUUCCUCCCUUAUCACACACCCCUUGAAGUAGUAUCUGUCCUAGGUUUAGCAAUAUCUGUAUGUACCCAGAUACAUAUAAAAGUACAUCUGCACCUGAAAGGAGACGUCAUUUAUACAAACCACAGAAGGAUUAAUUAUUAUAUGUAUUUUUCUUGCUAUAGAGUUUAUGCAUUAUUCCUAUGGUGGUAACCUGUAAGCCAUGUGAGUCAUUUGUAUAAAUUAACCUGGUGCUUUCUGCCCUGAAAGCACCUACCAGAUGACUUUGCCAGUGUAAAAGCUUAUAGUUUCCAUGGAAAUGUUCCCAGAGGCUACAGCAUUGCCAGGUGAGGCUACUUUAAGCUAAAGAUGUAUGAACGCACAAGAAAUGUGUUUCUCUGAAGUUAGGGAUAACUCCUGUUUUCCUUCUCAGAAGAACCUAGUGAUUUUUGAGAGCACCUUAGUAACUUAAAAAGCCGGAGGUCGUGCACAAUAACAUCUCUGGGCCAUUUAGCAGUUCUUUAGGGGGUUCAGUGUAAAUUAGAAUGCUUCCUGUGCCUGGGAUGAUGUUUAAAUAAACUAACCAUGUGUGGGAAAGAACCCAACUGUAGAACAGUCACCAUAGGAUGAGAAGUGUGUAUGUUGAGUUCAUGGGAAAGAACCAUGCAAUCUGCCCCCAUCCAUGUUUGGGUCCUUUAAAUGUUGCCUGCUAAUGGAAAAGUGCCUCCCAAGAAGCUAAGGCGACAUCUCAAGGAUAACACUUGUUUCAAUUUUGACCACUAAGUGGCCAGCUAAGAUGAUAGAAACACAUGAGAUGUAAUUCAACUGAGUUAAGCACUCUAAAAGCCACAGAAGCCGAUCCGCUACCGAGUGUUUAACUCUGUUUUGGAUUGUCCCUUGUGUUGGGCUAAAACCAAAGGCUUCAUGGUAGUGCCAACACAUUCAAAGUGGUUCACCAUGGUUGGAUGCAUGUUUGCAGCCAAUAAUGUCCUAAUGGAGACAGCUUCAAAUGCUUUGUUCUGUAAUCCUUGGGAAGUAUCCAAGGAUAGAUGGUAUGUUUCACGACUAUCACCCGUUUUCUCAUGUGAUGAAUGCUCUAUUCUUUCUGAAUAGGGAGGAACAAUAAGGCCGUUUCCCCACUUUUCCUUCUACCACCUUUGCUGCGCGUUACUUUUCCACAAGGCUGGCCAUUUCUGGCGCAUCUUCCGGGUUU